UGAGUGCGUGUGUUUGGGAAAGAAGGAAGGAAGGAAGGAGGAGAGAGAGGCGUGUGACGUCGUCGCGCCGUCUAAGCAGGCUCUGUGUCCUGUGGCUGUGUUCUGCCCUCGUUUCCCUCUCUCGCGGGGCCUGGGCGAGAUGGAGAGCGCCAGCCAAGAUAUCAACCUUAACUCUCCCAACAAAGGUCUGCUGGCUGAUACAAUGACGGACGUGCCUGUCGACAACACAAGCGCUGCUGCCGCUGCUCCCCCUCCAUUGAGGGCCUCUGCCUACAACGGGCUCACUGAGGCAGAGGAAGAAGAAUUAAGAUCUGAGCUGGCCAAGGUGGAAGAGGAAAUCGGCACUUUGCGCCAGGUGUUGGCUGCCAAAGAGAGACAUUGUGGAGAACUGAAGAGAAAACUGGGAUUAACCCCCUUAGAUGGCCUGAAGCAAAACCUCUCAAAAAGUUGGCAUGAUGUCCAGGUUUCCAAUGCUUAUAUGAAAACCUCUGAGAAACUUGGAGAGUGGAAUGAGAAAGUGACCCAGUCGGAUCUAUAUGUUUCGGCCAGCAGCACACUGGAAGACUGGAAUGACAAAUUAACCCAAUCAGAAGCUUACAAGAAGACACAAGAAACGCUGUCUCAGGCGGGACAGAAAACUUCAGCUGCCCUUUCCAAUGUGGGCUCCGUGAUCAGCCGGAAGCUGGGAGACAUGAGGGCCCAUCCCUUCUCACAUUCCUUUAGCAGCUACUCCAUUCGUCACUCGAUAAGUAUGCCAGCUAUGAGAAACUCUGCAACCUUCAAGUCUUUCGAAGACCGAGUUGGAACCAUAAAGUCGAAAGUGGUGGGCAGGGACAACGGCGGUGACGAGCUCCACUCCCCACCGGCCUCUGCCGAGAAGCCCUCCCAGGACAACGCACCUUUCUAAGUCCACGGCACAGUGGCGCUUGACUGCCUGAGCCCCUUCGUUUGCUCUUCCCAACAUUGCAAGGAAAAAAAAAAAAGAAAUAAAGAGGGGUGGGGGUGGGGGACCCAGGUCCCACUCUGAAGAGAGAGACCCAUACAUCAUACAUAGACAUUAUUUUGCUGCUGGAUUCUUCAGGUCCAAUAAAGUGAACACACCGUAUUUUGUACACGUAUAUAUUUUACACUAAAGGUGUCCAGAUGGAGCACCUUGCUCUCCUCCUUCCUGUCAGGAAAGGGAUUCUGUAACCUUGACCCGAACGGCCCUUUUGGCACCAAAGGCUUGCACUCUCAUUCUCUUCCUCGCCCCACCUCAUGUGCAGGCAGAAUUGGAUUGCUUUAUGCAAUAUGGGAGGAGUAGUUCCAAGACGUACUAGCUGUACAGGGAAGCUUGAGUGCCGAAUGGUGCUCCGCCUCCUGUUCCAAAUAAUUUCCUAGCUUUCAUCUAUUUUAUGACUCCUCCUGUUUCCUUUGCAAUUGUAAGCUUUGGAAAGAUCUGGUCUCUAUUAAGAUAUCGAAGUUGGGUUGGGGGAAUUUCAAUAUACCUUUCUUCUUCCUCCUCCUUUGUAGGCACCUAGAAAGGGACCUCUAUUUAGCAACUGCCUAGCUUGCUACAGAGUUUCUCUAGCUUUAAUAAAUCUCAGAAUCUUUAUUUUUUUUGGGAAUGCAGUGGAGUUCACAACAUAUCGGCUUUUAGCAUCGCUAUUUAGGGGCAUUUCUGCCUUCAGGAUGCGGAAGCUGAAGCUGAAAAAACACAAGCCUUACAUCACCACCUGCUUUACUUGUUUAUAACCUUUUUAUAUUUCAGGGAGGGAAAUAGUGUGAAGAUUUUUUUGGGGUGGGUAGAGGGGGGGGACAGGGAGGGAAUGGGGCAAAGCACCGAAGUCCUGCAUCCUACCAUAGUUAACCGCAUGUGGAUGUGCCGAGUCUUGUGUUCAUUUCAGUGGUGCGUGACUGUACACACGCCUGCUUUGUGCUCGUGCAUACAUGCUCUGUCGCUUUCUCUCCUCGGAGUGUGUAGAACUUGCUUCUCUCCCUCUUCAACCGAGGCCUCCACCCUUUAUGCAGUCGCCCAUUGAAUCCGCUUCGAGAAGGACGAUAUAAUAUUUCCAUCCUCAAGACUCUUUUCUCCUCCUUGCAAAAGGAUAGGGUUUUUCCCUUGCUAGGUUCCUCCUCAAGACACCUCUUAAGCUUUUCAUUCACAUCCAUUGUGAUCACUAUCAUUGGUCUAUCUUUGGGGCCACUGACCCUUUUCUCCCACUUGAUACUGGUUAUACUUAGACGCAGCGGUGUUUUCAAAAGGCUGAGAACCAUUCACAGUCCUAAACUUUAAUUCUAAGGCAAAGGUGCCUCUUGAAUCAUCCAAACCUUUCUGUGCCUUAGAGGCUCAGUGGGAGGUUAACAGUGCCCGCAAGUACAUAUCAGGAAAGUGGAUUGUUUCAAGACACCCUUGGAAAGCUGCGAGCUCCAAUUUGUCCUUCUCCACUGCCUGGGCCUUUGAGAAGCAAGUUUUAACACUACAAUGCUGAUUGUAGAGUUCUUCCCCAUGUCCUGUGUCGCUGGUGGAUGGCUCCCAUGCUGUGCAAACCUGGCACCGUAGAGGUGGGAAGGUUGCAGAAAGUGACGUCUGGUGCGUGGGGAGUUUUGGGGGCAAAGUUAGCCGCCAGGGUUGAAAGUUGGGGCAGAAGUUGCCUCAAAGGGACAGGGAGUUGACUGUAUAGUUGAUUCUUUGGGGAAAAGUUUGUAAAAUAAAAUAAUCCUUUUGGAAAAGCAAA